CGGCGCUUCUCUCCACGUGACCAGCAGCCGUUCACAUGACCGCCUAGGCUCAACAAGGAGGCGGGCCAGGAGUAAACUGGAGAAGUCGGGGCUGUAGCGGAACGGUUAGCAUGAAACUCAUCAUUCUAGAGAACUAUGCUCAAGCCAGUGAAUGGGCAGCAAAGUACAUUAGGAAUCGGAUCAUCCAGUUUAGUCCUGGUCCAAGCAAAUAUUUCACCCUUGGACUUCCCACUGGAAGUACUCCAUUAGGAUGCUACAAAAAACUAAUAGAAUAUUGCAAGAAUGGAGAUCUUUCUUUCAAAUAUGUGAAAACUUUCAAUAUGGAUGAGUAUGUGGGUCUUCCAAGGGAUCACCCAGAAAGCUACCACUCCUUCAUGUGGAACAACUUCUUCAAGCACAUUGACAUCUCCUCUGAAAACACACACAUUCUGGAUGGAAAUGCAGCUAACCUAGAAGUAGAGUGUGAGGCUUUUGAAGAAAAAAUCAAAGAGGCUGGAGGAAUCGAACUCUUUGUUGGAGGUAUUGGCCCAGAUGGUCAUAUUGCCUUCAAUGAGCCAGGCUCAAGCCUGGUGUCCAGAACCAGAGUCAAGACCUUAGCUAUGGACACGAUAUUGGCUAAUGCCAGAUUCUUUGAUGGAGACCUCUCCAAAGUGCCCACAAUGGCACUCACAGUUGGAGUGGGUACAGUCAUGGAUGCCAGAGAGGUUAUGAUUCUAAUCACGGGAGCCCAUAAGGCAUUUGCUUUGUACAAGGCUAUUGAGGAAGGAGUAAAUCACAUGUGGACAGUGUCUGCCUUCCAGCAACAUCCCCGCACUGUCUUUGUAUGCGAUGAAGAUGCCACGCUGGAACUUAAAGUAAAAACUGUGAAGUACUUUCAAGGUUUGAUGCUUGUUCACAACAAACUUGUGGAUCCACUAUACAGUAUGAAAGAAAUGGGAGCAGAAAAAAGACAGUCCAAGAAGCCAUAUAGUGACUAGCCUCUUACGAUUUGGAGCAACUGGUUAUGCAG